AUGUAUACUUAUUACAUAUAUUAAUUUAUUUUAUGUCGAGAUCAUCAUCCAGAAGAAAUAGUUAAGCAAUUGGUUCUCUCAUUAAUUACGCAAACUCUGAUGAUACUUAUAAUGUCAAAGCAAUCCUUUAUGAAAAUCACAAUCAAAAUUUGUUAAUCCUUAAAACCCAAAAACUAUAUACCUGUAUAAGAUUUGAUAAUAAAAGUAAUUCAUCUUUCUUGUUACAACAACAAUGAACAAUUAAGUGAAUUGUAUUUUUAAUACAUUUAAGCAUAAAUAGAUAAAAACAUUCAUACAAAACAAGAAGUUGAACAAUGGGUUAAUUAACAAAAUGAUGAAGGGUUCACAGCAUUACAUCUGGCAGCUUAUCGAGGAUCAUUAGUAUUUUCAUACAUAAUAAUAGAAAACCAUUAAAUUGCUUGAAUAAUACGGAGCAGAUUACCGAAUUAAGAACGAUAAUAGUAAUCAUAACUUAUUAUUAAAGAGUUAACUGUCUUGCAUACGGCAUCAUAAGGUGAUUGUCCAUUGACUGUAUAUUAUUAUCUCCAGAAAGGGAUAGAUAUUAAUAUAGUGGAUGACAAAGGCUCCUCUCCUCUUCAUUGGGCUGCUUAUUCAGGAGCGUAUAAUGCAGUAAAUUUCUUGAUUUCAUUGAAUGCUAAUUUGGAUCUUUAAGAUACAGAUACUAAUGUUACUCCGUUACAUCUUGCGACUAUGCAAGCUAAUUCUAGAAUAGUCCGAAAACUUUUAAUGAAAGGAGCUGAUCGUUCAAUUAAAGAUUCCAAUGGUAAAACAGCUCUGGAUUUAGCAAUAGAAAGUGAUUUCAAAACAAUUGAAACUAUGAUUGUAGAUAUUCUUAUUAAUUCUAGAGAGAUAAAAAUGAUAUACUAAUUUUUUGCAAUGUUCGAUAACCAUUUAGACCAGUGAAACAAAAAAGGAAUAGUUAAAUUGCUUUCCUUUCCAUGUAUAUGACUUGCUUUAUUUGUACUAUAGUAUUCACUUUUCCAUGUAAUUGAUUAAUUUCUAUAAUGUUUAGUUGUAACUAGCACAAUUUGGAUGUGGAUAUUCUUUACUUUAACUAGUAUUACUGUUGUAUUUUUCUUUAUUUCAUGUGCCAAAGAUGCUGGAGUAGUGAAAUUAGACUAAAAAUUAAAUAUGCUCUAAAUAUUAGAAAGAUAUGAUUGUUCAAAUAUUUGUGCAGAUUGUAAGGUAUAUAUACAAACACUAAUAGUAGUUAGUCAGACCUAAGCGAUCCAAGCAUUGUGAUGUUUGUUAAUAAUGUGUUAUGGUAUAUGACCAUCAUUGUCCUUGGAUAAAUAAUUGUGUUGGAGCAAAGUAAUAUAUUACAUUACAUUAGGAAUCAUUUUGUGUUUUAUUUUUUCAUUAUAAGUUUGUUCUCUGAAUUCAUUUUACAAUUAUUCAUGCAAUUUUCUCAUUAUCAUUCAAAUACUAUCCAGAGAUGGUUUACUUAGACCGAAGAUUGGAUGUUCAUUGGAAAAAAGUUUACUUUUUAUUAUGUCAUCAUUUAUUGUCUACUAUUUAUUGUACCUUUGGGGUAAUUUAAAUUUAUAAUUAAGAAUUCUCAUCUAAAUUUAAACAAUAAAUCUAUUGACAGGCCAAACAACAUUUGAAAGACAUAGUUUAGGAGCACAAGAUGCAAAAAAUGAAAAAUCUAAUGAAAAAAGUGCGAUUAAUAGAAGUGAAGAUCAAUCAAUGGAGUCCACAGAAUAAGGAUAAGGCGGAACAUAAUAAUCGAAUCACGAUCAAUAAUUAAAAAUGGAGUAAUCACAUUUGAGUUUAGGAAACUGUUUUGAAAUGUGCUUUGUAAAUAAAAAGAAAAAAGAAUAUAGUAGUGAAUUGGCAACAGAAUUUAUUGAACUCUGA